GAAACGGAUUCCGGAGCACGUGGAUGUUCACGUCCGGUGUCCAGGUCUGCACGGGCAAUCGCUCCCAUGCCACUGUCCUCGAUGAUUCUAUUAAUCGCGGCUCUAGCCUCGGCGUGACGACCCAUGGAUGGCGACCUAGCUGACUAUGCAGUCCAAGAACGACCUAACCGCAAGUUGGAUUAGCUGGAGGAUCGGCGGCAACGGCAGUACCGGCGGCGGCGCGCCCACGCCCGUCAGCCUCGAGGCCGACCUGGCGCACUACCGGGAGCUGUUCGCCAAGCUGCGCUUCAGCUACGUCGAGCAGAUGACCAAGGAGAAGUUCAUCCGCGCCGUCGUCGGCGACCCGCCCAUGAUCGUCGCGCCGCACGAGAACGCCGCCCUCGAGGCUAGCGACGCCGUUCUUGAGUUACAACGGGAAGGGCAGGACGACGACCUCAUAUCCCGAGCCGCCCUGUUCUACCCGAUCAACACUGAGGUGAAACGGGUGAUCGCUGGGAGGCUCAUAGACCUGACGCCAAUCUGCCAGGCCUGCUUCCACGGGCCGGAAAGAGCGUCAUCACGCCCCGACUCAAUAGUCGCAAAGCUUGUGAAAUUCAGGCCAUGGCUCAUAAUUGAGUCCUUGCGAUUGAGGGCCGAGCCCUUAGCCGUGUGCCUGUCCUUGUGGCGGUUGCAUAGGUCUAGUCAGACGAAAGUCUGAUUACACUCACCCUAGUCGCACCUGUAGACCUGCUUAGGGUUAUGGUUAAGUUCAUGUCGGUAGCUUUGGUAAAUCGUCAGUCACACCUCUCCCUGUUGCCA